AUGGAAAAAAUGAGUUUAACAGAGCUUGAGGGGUUAUUUCCCAAAAUUAGUUCAAGCUCAUCGAUUCAGGAAUUAAUCAAAUUCCUUGAGUACUCGUUUUUGAAAAGCGAGUUUGAUGAGGUCCAAAACAUUUUGACUGAGCGCGAGAAUAACAUGAAAGUGGAGAGAGAGAGUUUUGAAAGGGAUCGACGUACAAUCAAAAAAGAAUUUGAUUUAUUGGAGCAGGAUAAGUUAGUGCUAGAGGGCAAGUUGAAGGAAAAGAGUAAAAUGAUUCUUCAGUUGAAUCAGAAGAUUAAGGAAUUGGAGAAUCAAAAAUUGGAAAGUGAGAAAACUGCAGUGAAGUACGAGGAGAAAAUUAAGUCCAUGAACGACGAGGCUGAGAAGUUGAAGUGUGAAAAGUUAGAGACUGAUCAGACUGUAGAAGUGUAUAAGAAGAGAUUUGAAGAUCUUAGUGCGAGGUUUAGGAAAGCAGAACAGAUUCUUGCAAAUAUUUUCAAAGUGGGCAUAAAUGAUCUAUCGAAUCUGGCAAAUAACAUGGAGAAGGAUGUUGUUAAUUUCUCUAAUUCUUAUGGCGAAAAGGAGAGUUCAAGUAAUGGUGGUAAAUGGAGUGAAGGGAAUGCUGAUUUUGGAAAAGCUGAUUUGGAGCAUUUUCGAAAUGAAAGGAGUCUAAACAGUGGGGGUGAUGUGGGUGACACAUUGCCUAUGGUUCACCCUGCUUGUAAAUCUGGUGAAACUGGAAUUCAUGGUUUGCAAGGAAGAGGUGGCGGGAACUUGGUUCUGUCUUCUCAGACAAAAGAGGCUGGAGCAAAUGGCUACGAUGCUUCUCAAGGUUUUCCUGGAAAGCAAUCUGCUGGGAAUCGUGCUCAAACUGAAAGUCGACAAGCUAUUAUCGUGGCCUUAGAUCAUGGAGAACAAGGCAUAAAUAACUUGAUGUUGGCUAGAAGUUCUAGUAAAAUGGCACAAUCACAAAAAUCUGGAGACAUCAUUGAAAUCAGUGACAGUGACGAUGAAGCAACCCCUGAGAAAUUUAUUCAAAGUCCAACAUUAAGUCAAACCAACAGGAAAAACAGAGCAGACUGCAAAGAUGGUUCACUUGUGAGUUCGAAGCCAACAAGGAAAAGAAGCACAUAUGGAAGUGACAAUGAUGAAAACUUUCCAAUUGGUGCACAGAAGGAGAAACGAACACGAGAAGUAAAUUAUGAUGGAUCUGGGUCCCUCAUCAAUAACUUGGUAAAUCCUAAAUCAGUGGAUGCGAAUCUUGCACAUACUGUUUUGCCUUCCAUGCACAAUCCGGUACACUUCAGAAGAUGUGAAGAAAAAGCUGAGGCCAAGAGAGAUUCUCAAACUCCUUCGCAAGCAUCUGAUGGCAUUAAUGUCAAUGAUUCUACAGAUUCAGAAGAUGAAUCAUUUUCAAGCUUCUGCAUCAAUAAUAUGGUUGGUUCACUCCAAGUUAAAAAAAAAUCUAAAGCAUGGAUGUUUGGAGCUGACAUGAUCCAGGAUUUUGAGGAGGAUCCAAAACUUUGCCUGAAUGCUGUCUGUGCACUUCAUCGACAGCAAAUUUCUGCUGCAAAAUCCAACGUUGGUUCCCAGAGUGGAGUAUUAGGCCACCGAGAUGUAUUGAGUAUAGGGGCUUUGGGCGAGUAUCUUACGGAAGGGGAUCCACAUCAUAGACUGAGGAAAUCAGUAUCUGAAGUGGAACAACAACGCCCAGAUCCUAUCAAGUGUACUGCAUCUGUUGUAUGCUUUAACAGUUCGAUCUCUUGGUGGUUUUUGUUCUCUCCAUGGGAAGCAAAAGCAAGAUGUCUAAAACUGAAAGGUGAAUCCUUUAGAGCUCCAUUAUACUUCUCGGUUAUUAACUUCAGUUCUGUAUUUUGUUGA